AUGUUCCUUAUAAAAGCAAUAUUUUUUUUAACUGAUUUAAUAGUAGAUUUUGAAUUAAUAGACAAAUUAGUAAGUGAUACCAUUCAAGGAUUAGAUUUAGAUCGUACUAUAAGUAAAAAAGUCUGAGUUUAUUCUAUAGAUACAAAAAGUAAUAUUGUUAAAAACAUUUAUAAUUCUAUAGGUGAGACAAUUAAAAUUUUAAAUGUGUCACAUAAUUCAGUAAAUAAUCACUUAGAUAAGUGAAUACCUGGUGGUAUUAAAAACAAUUAUUUAUUUAGUAAUGAAUUGGAUAAUUUAAAUAUAGAAAGAUUAAAAGAAGUUCAUUUAUCUAGAAAACAUAAUAACCUUAAUGUUUGAAUAUAUGAUGCUAAUACUUUAGAAUUAAUAGGUAAUUUUAAUAGUAUAAAAAAAGCAGCAGAUUAUUUUAACGUAGAUUAUAGAUCUUUAAUUAAUCAUUUAGAUACUAAAGAAGCUAUAAAUAAAGGAGGUAAAUUUAUAUAUUUAUUUAAAAAUGAGUUAGAUACAGAAGAUUUAAAUCUUUUAUCUAAUAAAUUUAAUAAAGUUUCUAAUAUGACAACUAGUAUUUGAGUAUAUAAAUAUGUAGAUGAUAAAUUAACUUUAAUCAAUGACAAUAAACCUAGCUAUAUUUCUAAAUUAUCUUUAUCUAAAGAUUUAAAAAUAAGUGUUAAAACAAUAAACAAAUAUUUAGAUUCAAAUGAAUCAUAUAAAGGGUAUUAUUUUUAUAGUAUAUGUAAAUAA